ACCCGCCCAUCUCCUCUCACUUCCUCCGCAGCAGUCGGUGCUCCUGUGGACUCCACAAACAGAACUGUUUUCUUCAAAAGUGUUCUUCCCUCUCAAGCUGCAAAUAUGGCUCAGAUCAACACCUGCCUUAAACGCACCUUCAUCAUCUUCAACAUCUUCUUCGCGAUUGUUGGCGGCGUCAUCAUCAGCCUCGCUCUGCUGGCUCAGUUCUCCACCAGCAUUCAAGAAGGAGGAAAUCUGGAGGGUCGGGACAGUGGUCUGUUCAGCCUCUAUAUCAUGGGCGCCAUCAUCAUGGUGCUGGCUAUCCUGGGAGCCUAUGGAGCCCACAAAGAGAGCAGAGUUGCCCUGAUUGUGUUCCUGGUGUGUAUGGUCCUUGGAUGUCUGGUGAUGUUCAAAUAUGCAGUCCCGGUUGCCAUCAUGCGUCCACAGAUUGAAGGUAUAAUGGAGAACAAGUUUCGGAUGUUUCUGCCUUUGGAUGAAAACUCAAGGGAUAUGAAGAACAUGGCUGACAACAUCCAGAAAAUUUUUCACUGCUGUGGUCUGUUCAGCUACAAAGACUGGAACAACAUUCCUGAAUCCUGUAAAUGCAACCUGGAGGAGGAGGAAGAGGGCAAGUGUCAGACUGUUGGCUACAGAUCUUUAAUGGAGAGAUCAACAUCCAUCUACACCCAAACCUGCUUCCCCAUAAUAAUGCACUACUUCCUGCUGGGUUUUGACAUCGUACUCGGAGUCUUCUUCACUCUGGCUAUUCUGGCACUGCUCGGCACAAUUCUGUCCUCGGCAAUGAUCCACCAGAUGCGUUACCCCAACAGACCCCCCAUCCUGCUCACAGUUCCCACUGUCCUCUCCACAUCGCCACCAAAAUACGAGGAGCUGUACAACCCUCCACCAUAUUAGACACAGAAAGAUGCACUGUUCCUUUAUUGCUGGCUUUGCGUGGAAGUUCCAGGAGUCCUGUUAGUUUUGUUUUUCUUGAAUUUUAACGUGAGUUUGAGGUUUGUGUCCAAAGUGCCUUACAGCUCUGUAAGGAGUUCUGACUUGUUCCUUUAAGAUCAGUGAAAACCCGAAAAAUGCCACAGCUUUUCUGAUACAUAAACAUUGUUCUUAUGCUACUGUUUAUUUAUCUUAGUUGUUCUUGCUUUGAAGUUAAGAAAUGUUUUCAGUUUUCCAAGAUUUGACUUGUGGCUUUCAUUUAGAAUCAACUUUUAUCAGAAAUCAUUAUUUUUGUCACAUGUUAAGAAUGCAGAAGUUCAUGUUCAUUACAUACAAAAGAUAAGGGAUGUGAAAGUGAAGCUCAAAUCUCUCCAAAAGAGAACUGGUGCAGCCAGGACUACUAAAAAUUAAAAGUUUAAUUAUUUGAAUUCAAAGUUUA